AAGUUUUUUGAAAUCAGAGCUGUUGAUAAGAGUUGGUGACUUGAACAGUAAAGUAACAGAUUCAUAUGAGGGGACAUUUGAAAUCGAAGAAAUUUACAUCCAACCGGAAUACAUAAUAUACGAUGAUGGAAGUCUUCACAAUGACAUAGCCUUACUAAAAGUAAAACCUAAGCGUGGCCGUGGUAUAUCAAUGGAUUCUAAUGCUCAGCCUGCCUGUCUACCAUCAGAAAAUACAGUGUACAGUGAAAACCUGGAAUGUUACAUAUCUGGAUGGGGCCUAACAGAAUAUGGAACAUACCCAAAUCUCCUGAAAUAUGCGCAAAUUCCUAUUGUAAACCAGGGGACCUGCAAAAGACUUUACAACCAGGGAGGCUACAACAUAACGGACAGCAUGUUUUGUGCCGGUAACAUUACAGGAGGGUCUGAUACCUGUGAUGGAGACAGCGGUGGUCCUCUGGUCUGUGAAAUCAACGGGAAAUACGCUGUAUUGGGUGUAACUUCGUGGGGACACGCUGACGGCUGUGGGCUUCCAAAUUUUCCAGGGGUGUAUGCCAAUGUCAAAAGUCUUCUGCGGUGGAUCAGAAAAACCCUUGCUGAAUAAUAUUCAGUGUAUCUUCGGAAUCCUUUUCAUUUUGACAUAUUGUUACAUGCAGUUACCUGAGUGCACUAUUGAUUUAAAUUUUGUAACAAUCUUCAUCAUAUUUUCCAAACAUCUCAGGAAUAAAUUGUUAACGUAAUCAUGAAUAAAUGCAUCUAAUAAAAAGUA